GCAUGCCCUGCCAGCCGUAGGUUGAAGAUCGCUGCUAAAGAGAUGGAGUAGAGAAGGGAGUGGGUUUUCAGUACUACUUGCAUUGCAAAUAGAGAUGUCCUGGACGGGAAUCAAUGAGCGCACUUUCCUGGCCAUCAAGCCUGAUGGUUACCAACGGCGACUGCUUGGCGAGAUCAUUCGCCGCUUUGAGAAAAAGGGAUUCCGUCUCGUGGCCAUGAAGAUAGUGCAGGCCUCGGAGAAACUGCUCAAGCAGCAUUACAUUGCCCUGCAGGACAAGCCCUUCUAUGACCGGCUGGUAAAGUACAUGGGUUCUGGACCAGUGGUUGCCAUGGUGUGGCAGGGCUUGGAUGUGGUGAAGACUGCACGUCUAAUGAUCGGGGAGACAAACCCAGCUCACUCUUUGCCGGGCACAAUCCGAGGAGAUUUCUGCAUUGAUGUCGGCAGGAAUGUUAUACAUGGCAGUGACUCCAGGGAGAGUGCCGAGCGGGAGAUCGCUCUUUGGUUCCAGCCUGAUGAACUUGUUUAUUGGCAAGACAGUGCUGAGAGCUGGAUAUAUGAAUAAUGAGCCACCCUACAAUGUUCUAGUGCCGUCACUUCGGGCAUUGAGACUGUGCCCGGAUACGCUGAGUGCUGUGCUUGGAAGCAUUAAGGGACUUACAGUAAACUGGAGGGCAAAGCCCAGGAAUUCCGUCCAGCAGGGUAGCGUUAGUGGAGAAUGCGGUUUUUGCUCUGCCUCUCCCGCACUCCAAAUCAGCUCUUACCCAGAUUCUACAUGCAGUAACCCUUUCUUUUCUAAAAUUGAGUUCUUUUUCACUUUUUCUGCUUUAUUUCUACUUGUUUAUCAAGUGAUAUUUGGAUAACAGCAUAACCAUGUGGUGAGGGUAUUGUGGGUAAAAAAAAUCAUGAUAAGGGCUAUGUGGGAGAGAAGAGACAUGAAGUAGGUGUAUUUUGGGUGAGUGGUUGUGGUCUGUAUGUUGAGAAUCUGUAUAAAUUAGUAAUUGGAAAUAAAGUGGACAUGAAAUAGCUAGUGCUGAAUGCAUAAGAAAGGGUUAAUGCACAGGGGAAUCUGGAAGCUUUUCUAAUUUUUUUUUUUAAUAAAAUCAAAAGCAAAAAAAAAAAA